AAGGUGUAAUUUUGCAGAUAUUGUGCUUUUUAAACCUGGAUGUGUGUGCUGGGAGAUUGAUUGACAAGUUUAAUGCGUUUUGUUUCACAAUUUUACAGAAGAAACCCCACGUGAUGGUGAAGGCAGCCGAGAUGGACGUCCCAGUGGAGGCAACCAUUCUUCUGGAUCCUUUCCCAGACGAGGCCCACGUCCUAGACAUCCUCCGGUCUCACGGCUUCCGGGUGACCGAUCUGGGCGGAGGUCGGUGGCGCGUUCAGGGUGAUUUUUUCGAGCUGAAAGCGGCGAAGGUUCGACUGGAGAAUCUCAUCGAGCCCCAAGCCAAGAUGACCCCACGAUCGCCUUCGCCUUCCUCUGGAGCCAUCUCCAAGUACUACGAGAAGGACACCAGGUCUCGAUCCAACGACGAGCCCCCACGUCUUCCUUCUUCAGACCAACAUGCUUCACUCAGGAGCAGACACGAGUCCUUCCCGGUCGAUGCUGACGUGUUCCGGUACGCCAAGCGGCUCAGGAGACGAGAUGUCGACGGCAUCCUGAACAGAAACCAAGUCGAAAUAAAGGUGGAGGAAAACGGCGGCAGCUCCAUUGUCAUCUUACAGGGGAGGAGCUCCAAGGUGGCCGCCGGUGAACUUCAGAAGCUCCUGAAUGAUCUCAACAGGUCGCUGCGCACUCAGGAGGUUCCCGGGACAGACGUGGAUCAGGACGGCAAAGCUCUUCUGGAGGACAUUAGGAGAAACCGAAACGUUUGCGGCUCGGUGCUGGUGUGUGAGACGGAGGACGGACUUCACCUCGUCGGACCGUCCAGGGAGAGCUACGAGGUGAAGCAAAGGCUGCUGGGGAGGCAGAGGAACCCGCCAGAACCUACAGGAAGACCCUCGGAUCGGAACCCCAGGCAGAGGAGCCGGUCUCUGCCAACGAACAGCCGAAAGAGCGCAGAACGAGGAGGCAGUUCCUCAUCCAGGAACCAGCAGGAAACACCAGUAGCUGCUGAUGUUCAUCCUCGAAGUGCAACCUGGAUGGGAAGAAGCCACUCUGAGACCCGGGCAAGAAAAGGGCCAGAAAGAGAAGGUGGUCCUCACAGUCCUCCUGGUGGAGCUGCAGGUUCCUCCUCAGCCCAGAACCAGGAGGACCAACGAGGAGCUGCUGCUGCUGCCAAUCCUGGAAGUGGAGCCUCGAGGUCAAGAAACCAAUCUGAGCCUCGAUUACAGAAAGAGCCAGAAGAAGAGAACGACAUCGUACCAAGACGAGGCAACAAACUUCCGUCUUCCAAACCUCACAGAACUUUCCUGCUAUGUUUGGACAUUUUUAAGUUUAAAAAAAAAAGAAAAAAGAGGAAAAUUGGAGCUUCAGAGGAAUAAAGCCAGAAAAAUGGUUUCCAAAGUCAAGCUCUGAGGAGAAAAAAAAGCACAAACGACUUGAAAAAUGAAAAAAAAACAAAAAAAAAAAACAGGUGAUCUUGUAAAAAUGGUAGAAAACUGCACUGAAAUUUUUACUUUUUUUUGUGUCAUUUCACAUUUAAACUAUGAAUGAUUGUGUCUAAACAACACUUGAGGCUCAGUCCGACACUAAACCCACAUUUAAGGAAACACGCUUCUCUUCUUAAAUUAGCUUUUGGUCUGAAUGUAGUCAUCAGCUAAUAGGUGAUUAAAUUGUAAUUCAAUAAUAGUUCAAUAAAAGUUUCCAAAGUGAAGCUUUGUGGGGGAAAAAGCCACAAAUGACUUUAAAAAUGGAAGAAAAAAUAAAUUUCUAGUUUUCAAAUCUCACAGCAACGGCUAAGUUUUCAUUUUAUUCCAAAAAAUAUAAAGUUAAAAAAUCAACAAUAACUAAGAAAUGAAGAGUUAAAAUGAUAGAAAACUGCACUGAAACUCUACUUUUUUGUGUCAUUUCACAUUAAAACUAUGAAUGGUUGUGUCUAAACAACGCUGGAGGAUCAGUCCGACACUAAAUCCACUGUUUGACCUUUGAAGGAACAAAGUCUGACAUUUAUGGAAACACGCUUUUCUUUAUAAACCAGAAUAUUGUCUCAGGAGUCCACAAUUUAUCAGUAAUUUAAAAAAUAAUUUUAAAAAAACAAACAAAAACCUUUUUCUGUUCUUUGUUUUAAACCAAAAACCUUUCGGGCGUCACAAUUAAAAAGCAACUAAAACAAUCAAUCUGUUUUAAAUUAGUUUGAUGUUCGAAAACCAAACAUAGAAUUCAUGUGAGUUGUUUUUUGUCAGUUUUUGUUUCAAAAUGAGAAAAUCAAAGUCAAACGCUGCAGGUUUACAGACUCCUGCAGUUGUUUCUCACAGCGACUCACAUGUAAACUUGUUUGUUUAAUCAGAAACCAAAGUGUAAAAUCAGAAAAGUUGAUUUUACUCUGAAGUGAUUCUUUGGACCUGAAGCUGUUUAACCCGUUCAGCAGGUUGUAAUACUCACAAUAAAAACAGUUUUAUCUCUGCAGCCACAAA